AUGUCCUCCACCGUAGCGAAGAAGAAGCUGGUCGUCUGCGGCGGCAAUGGCUUCCUGGGCAGCCGCAUCUGCAAAGCCGCCGUAGCCAGAGAUUGGGACGUCACGAGCAUCAGCCGCUCCGGCGAACCCUCCUGGCCCUCCGUCUCCGCCCACACCACCGCUCCUCCUUGGUCCAAGAACGUAACAUGGCGCAGCGCCAACAUUCUCCACCCCUCCACCUACGCCGCCGAUCUACAGGACGCUACAGCAGUGGUGCACUCAAUGGGUAUUCUACUCGAAGCAGACUACAAAGGUGUAGUGACGGGCAAGGAGAACCCAAUAUCCGGCCUGCGACGCGCCUUCUCCAGCACGAAGAUGGGCGCCAACCGCAAUCCCAUGGAGGACAGCGGUGAUGUCGGGGGCGUGGAAGCAGGGGAGAAGGACGGGCAGUUGACGUAUGAGCUUAUGAAUCGAGACUCCGCGAUCAUACUGGCGAAGGCGGCGGAUAAGGCUGGAGUGAAGGAUUUCGCGUAUGUCUCUGCAGCUGCCGGAGCACCAAUACUGCCUGGACGGUACAUCUCGACGAAGCGAGAGGCGGAAUCUACAAUCUCGUCUGAGUUCCCGAAGAUGAGGAGUCUGUUCAUCCGUCCUGGAUUCUUGUUCGACAGCAGUCGUGGCUUUACUAUUCCGAUGGCUGCUGUGACAUACGGUGGCUUUUUGGUGAACAGCCUGACUGGAGGCAACUUAACGUGGCUGAUGGGUGCUGGCGGCGCUAAGCCGAUGAAGGCUGAUAUGGUAGCUGAGGCGGUGGUGGAAGGGCUGGAUGAUGACAAGGUGAAAGGCCCGGUGGAGGUUAGAGAGAUCGAGGAGCUGGCGAACAGGGCCUGGAGGCGGGCGAUGCUAUGA